CAGAAAAUUUUUCCUCGUUUUCUCAAUGUGUUUGUGCGACUGUUGACCUUUGGAAGAGUUCAAGAAGUUCCUUAUUCCGGGUCUAGAUCACACCCACAACCAGAAACUCAGAAAGAUUUUACCUUUGUAGCCGGACGUGCGUUCCGAUACAAUGGAGCUGCAGUUGAAAGGUUGAUGAGUGUAUAUACACGUGGCUCUUGGACUACUUCUAUGUCGUACAUGCAAAGUUCUUCUCACGGUAAGGUUUGCGGCGUUCUACUCUCUCUUCUUGUAUUAGCUUUAUAGUGGUACUAAAGACAGCAAUAUAUAUGGGAUUCUGAAUUUGAGAUACCCAUUUUUGGGGAUUCGUGGGGUUUUCACCAUUCUGGUGUGGUACCUGGUAAUAUUUCCAGAGGUUGAAAUCGAAGACCCAAUUGGGCUUUGUGUAUUAUGUUGUUCUUUGGAGGUUUCCUGUGAUUCAACGAUCAGCUCCACCAAUGCCUGUCUCGGUUUUUGAUUUCUUGGCAAGUGGAGGUUUUUAAAGGUAUACGUUGAAGAAGGUGACAAAAAACUCAUUUGGCUCAUUUUAUUCGUGGAGAAUUCUUGUUAAUAUGGUUCUGUAGAAUGCAGAGGAGUUUUGAGACUUUCUAAGCUUUCUAGAGCUCUAACUUUCUCUGCUUGAUCAAAGGAAGAAAAUAAAAAGAAAACUAAGGUAAAAUCAUUCAUGUUUAUGUGAUUUUACGACGUAUGAAAUAUAAUGUUGGGCGUUUUCUCAUCAAGUUGGAAUUAUGAAAUUGAGAUUUCUUGUUGAUUGAUUGUUUUGGACUUAUAUGGAAGUUCUGAUCGAUCAAAUGAGGAACAUGAAUGAGGAAGAACUGAAUGACAUUGAAAGUUCUGAGAGAAAGGUCAUUGAAGAGAUUCGAGAAGUGCCAGAGGAAGUGAAGAGAAUUACAUCAUGGAAGAGUCAGAUAACACUGCGGGGACUUCUAGCUAGCUUAGCUAUUGGAAUCAUUUACAGUGUGAUAGUGAUGAAGCUUAACCUCACAACUGGGCUAGUCCCCAACCUUAAUGCCUCAGUUGCUUUCCUCACCUUUAUCUUCAUCAGGGCAUGGACUGCACUGCUUGAGAAGGCUGGAAUUGUAUCAAUUCCAUUCACUCGACAGGAGAAUACUAUCAUUCAGACUUGUGCAGUGGCAUGUUAUAGUAUUGCUGUUGGAGGUGGUUUUGGGUCUUAUCUGUUGGGUUUGAACAUAAAGACAUAUGAACAAGCAGGGUUUGAUACAAAGGGGAAUACGCCAGGGAGCACCAAGGAGCCUGGGAUUGGUUGGAUGACUGGUUUCCUCUUUGUAAGCAGCUUUGUCGGGCUGUUAUCAUUGGUUCCUCUCAGAAAGAUAAUGAUAGUCGACUACAAAUUAACUUAUCCUAGUGGAACUGCUACUGCUAUUCUUAUUAAUGGUUUCCAUACUUCUAAAGGAGACAAGAUGGCCAAGGAGCAGGUUCGUAGGUUCAUGAAAUGCUUCUCGCUUAGUUUCCUUUGGGCUUUCUUGCAGUGGUUCUAUUCAGGUGGAGAGCAAUGCGGAUUUGCUCAGAUUCCUGUGUUUGGAUUGCUGGCUCAGAGCAAUUCGUUUUACUUUGAUUUCAGUAUGACUUAUAUUGGAGCAGGAAUGAUCUGUUCCCAUCUCGUAAACUUGUCUUCGCUUCUUGGCGCGGUGCUCUCUUGGGGGGUGAUGUGGCCACUGAUAAGGGGGCUCAAAGGGGAUUGGUACCCUGAAACUUUAUCGGAAGGCAGCAUGAGGAGUCUUAAUGGUUACAAGGUUUUUAUUUCUAUUUCUCUGAUCCUCGGAGAUGGGCUUUUCAAUUUUCUCAAGAUACUGUACUUCACCACCAGAAACAUCCAUGCUAGAGUGAACAAAGACCUUAAAACAUCUUUGGAUGACCAGAAUCAGCCUCUUGAUGAUCUGAGACGAAAUGAGGUCUUCAUAAGAGAGAGCAUUCCCACAUGGGUUGCAUGUACAGGGUACACACUCUUCUCCAUUGUCUCCAUCAUUGUGAUUCCACUCAUGUUCCCUGAGUUGAAGUGGUAUUACGUAGUUGUUGCUUAUGUUCUUGCACCCUCUCUGAGCUUCUGCAAUGCUUAUGGUGCGGGUUUAACUGACAUGAACAUGGCCUAUAACUAUGGGAAAGUUUCUCUUUUUGUGCUUGCUGCCAUGAGUGGAAAAAACAAUGGCGUGGUUGCAGGGCUUGUGGGCUGUGGUCUGAUUAAAUCCAUAGUUUCCAUCUCUUCUGAUUUGAUGCAUGAUUUCAAGACUGGCCAUCUCACUUUCACUUCCCCUCGAUUGAUGCUUGUAAGCCAAGGUAUUGGGACAGCUAUAGGCUGCGUGGUUGCUCCUUUCACAUUCUUUCUUUUCUACAAGGCUUUUGAUGUUGGGAACCCAGAUGGAGAAUACAAAGCCCCCUAUGCCAUCAUCUACCGCAACAUGGCAAUUCUAGGUGUUGAAGGCUCCUCAGCUCUUCCCCAACACUGCCUGGAAAUAUGCUGUGGGUUUUUUGCCUUUGCCAUAGCAGCCAACUUGCUGAGAAAUCUUAACCCAAAGGGUAUUGGGAAAUGGAUUCCACUUCCUAUGGCUAUGGCUGUGCCUUUCCUUGUUGGUGCUUACUUUGCCAUUGAUAUGUGUGUCGGGAGUUUGAUUGCGUUUGCUUGGCACAAGCUAAAUGGCAAGAAGGCCAAUUUGAUGGUUCCUGCAGCUGCUUCUGGUUUGAUAUGUGGAGAUGGGUUAUGGAUUCUUCCCUCAUCAAUCCUUGCUUUGGCCAAUAUACGUCCUCCGAACUGCAUGAGCUUCUUUCCGUCCAGGUAGAAGUUUUUCAAGAGAGAGAGAGUAUAAAUGGUAGGCUAACACAGGUAAAGCUUAUUGCAGGCAUGACACAUAAAUCUUCAACAAGUGUAGGGAUGAUAAUCUCUGUUUCGGUUUCUAUUUGAAUUCUUUAAAAGGUACAAAAUAAACAACAUUGAUUUUUAAAUCACCAUGAACCAUGUGAGUUCUUCGGUAUCUAUCCCUAUCCAGGAAUUAAAGCAGCAUUUUGAGUAGUUCCUCCAAAGGAUUAUAUGCAUAUGAGCUCAAGUAGUACGGAAGCACUGAUAUUUGAGAGUAAUGAUACAAAUACAAUCGUUUUUACAAUU